CAUCGGGGCUUCUCAAGGGACAAGGGGGGUUCCAGCUGGGUUUGGGACCCCCUCACCCGCAAGGGGCCCCACACCUGCUGGCAGGGGACAGAUGCCCGAGGGACCCCCGCAUUGGUUCAGCAGACAGGUGCCAUGGCUGGCCCAGGCGACCAAAGCUACGUUCGGGAAUUCACCCGCCACUCCAGUGAUGUCCUGAUGAACCUGAACGAACUGCGCAAGCGAUGCAUCCUGACAGAUGUCACCUUGAGAGUCGGAGGGUGCCCACUGCAUGCCCACAAAGCCGUCCUGACCGCCUGCAGCGGCUUCUUUUACUCCAUCUUCCUGGGCCAAGGGGGCCACCAAGUGAGCGUCUUGACCCUCCCCAGCUCCAUUGAACCGGCCGGAUUCCAGGCCAUCCUGGACUUCAUGUACACGUCUCGCCUGCUGCUCACCCCGGGCACCGUGCCGGCCGUCCUGGCUGCCGCGUCCUACUUGCAGAUGGAACAUGUGGCCGAAAGCUGCCAUCGCUUCAUCCAAGCCAG